AUGAAUAUCAAGCAAUUUUUCGUUCCAGCCGGGAAACCUUUAUCCGGUUUGGCAGUAGGACUCAGUAUCUUUUUAACUGCAUUGUUCUUAGUGAACAAUCUGGUAUACCCUAUCAAUGAACACCUUCUGCUAAAGCCUGAUUCACUAUUCAAGUUUGAUUUGAACAGAAUCUCGUUGUACCCGUUGGCUCAUCUCUCAUUUUUCCAUUUGUUCUUCAAUGUCAUCUCGACUUUCUCUAUGAUUGUGAUGUUCGAGGAAUCCCAUGGAACUCUUUACACUGGUGUCAUAUUGAAUCUAUUAGCCGUAUUUACUGCAAUCCCAUACUGUUUAAUCGGUUCUUUGCUAUUCCCCAAUGUCGAGAUCGGUGGUGCAAGUGGUUGGUUCUUCUCUUUCUUGGGAUACUUUGCUGUGAAAGAAUCCCGAGUUCGUAACUCAGUGAUGAUCACCAGUACUUUUUCAUUCCCAACAUUAUACUUCCCAGUAGCAUUACUAUUCGUUACUGCUCUAUUGGCGCCUGGUUCUAGUCUACCAGGUCAUGCAAUUGGGUUACUAUUAGGAUACUUCAUGGGGUUGAAAGAGAAUUGGGUAGCCAAGAUUACUCCACCAAGCUUUGUAUUGAAGAAAAUUGAAACAUGGGUCGAUCCAUUGAUCAAUCUGAUCCCAUUCGGUAUUAAGUACUAUAGGGAAGUUGAAGUGGACAGAUCACUUGAAUAUACUUCCGUUUACCUGGGGUCAGAAUCCAGAUUGCCCUUGCAUAAUACGGAUACUCCAGCGGAGCCCACAUUUCAAGGAAACGGAAGAGUCUUGGGAAAUUGA